GCGGUUAACGCUUUUAUUUAGUUUGCUGCUUUAAUUUCUACGCAAGACACACGCCACGAGCUGCCGGCUGCCGGCACGCCAUCAGUUUUACACUUUCACUAUUCCAAGCGACUCGCUGACACGACAAUCGUUCGUUAACUGCGCAAGUGCGCACAGCUCAGCCGUUGCCGUGAUUCAAAUCGUCACGCAGCGAAUUCAAAAUGAUUACGAGGAUUGCGCUCGGUGUUAUCAUCGCCGGCGUUUGUUUGUCAACUGUCAGAUGUAAUGAUUCUGAAUGGGCCUACGAAUGCAUAAAAGGCUACUGUCAGAAAGUGCGUCUCACCGAAGACAACCGCGACAAUGCCGUGUCCCUCGGCGCAUGCCGUAUCUUCUGCUCAAAAUACGCGUCCCUCUGGCCCAAGCCAACCGGACGCGUCGAAGUAAAACGCUCGUUACUGCAGGUGAAUUACAAUAGCAUCGAUGUGUUGACACACAAAGGCGACAGCCCCAUAAGAAGCAUAAUCAACGGCGCUGCGAAACGCUUCAAACACAACAUCGAACUCUUAAAACCCAAGAAAAGUACUCUCAAAGCCGGCGGACGUAGUCUUAUUGUAAUGCUAGAAAUCGAAGACUCGUCCAGUGUGAAAUUCCUCUACAACCAAGACGAAAGUUAUAGUUUAAACGUCACCCAAACCUCCGAUGGUCGUAUAAACGCUCAGAUAAAAUCCCGAAAUUUAUUCGGAGGACGCCAUGCAAUGGAAACACUCAAUCAGCUGAUAUUCUACGAUGAUCUGCGUGAUGAACUCCAGAUGCCUGAUGAUGUCUACAUUGAAGACGCUCCUAUUUACCCACAUCGUGGUAUCCUCCUAGACACCUCCCGGAAUUAUGUUUCUACUGAUGUGAUUAAACAGACUAUCGAAGGAAUGGCCGCCUCCAAAUUGAAUGUAUUCCAUUGGCACAUCACUGAUAGUCAUAGUUUUCCAUACGUAUCCAAAUCAAUGCCUCAGUUAUCCAAGCUGGGAGCUUACUCUAGAGAAAAAAUUUACACACCUGAAGAUGUCGCUGAGAUUAUAGAAUUUGGUAAAGAACGUGGGGUGAUGAUUCUUCCCGAAUUUGAUGCCCCUGCUCAUGUUGGGGAAGGAUGGCAGGAUACAGGACUCCUAGCUUGCUUCAACAAGAAACCCUGGCAGAGUUAUUGUGUGGAACCACCUUGUGGACAACUGGAUCCUACUAAACCAGGAGUCUAUGACGCUUUGGAGAAAAUCUACAAAGAUAUGGUUGAACAAUUUGAUCCUACAGUCUUCCACAUGGGUGGGGAUGAAGUUAAUGAAAACUGCUGGAAGUCCGAGGACAAUAUUGUCUCCUGGAUGACCGAAAGGAACAUGACCAUUGAUGAUCCAGGGUUUAUGAAGUUAUGGGACCACUUCCAAUCCCAAGCCCUUGAUCGUUUCACAAAACAACGAGGGCAUAAACUCCCGAUUAUCAUGUGGACAAGUAAACUAACCUCAAAAGACUACCUAACCAAAUAUUUAAAGAAUGACACUUACAUUAUUCAAAUCUGGACCUUGGGUAACGAUCCCCAGAUCAAGGAGUUGUUGAAGAAUGGUUACCGGACCAUUUUGAGUAACUACGAUGCGCUUUACUUUGAUUGUGGGUUCGCUGGUUGGGUAACAGAUGGUAACAAUUGGUGUUCACCAUAUAUAGGUUGGCAGAAGGUUUAUGAGAACAGUCCGGCGAAGAUUGCAGGUAAUAAAUACAAGAAUUUGAUGAUGGGAGCCGAGGCAACGCUCUGGACUGAACAGGCUGAUGAUACUGUCAUCGAUAGUCGUUUGUGGCCACGUGCGGCCGCCAUGGCUGAGCGUCUCUGGUCCGAACCAGAAUCCACAUGGAAAGACGCCGAAGAACGCAUGGAGAUUCAUCGCGAGCGGCUGGUGCGAUUGAAUAUUAAAUCCGACGCCAUUCAGCCGCAGUGGUGUCAACAACAUCAAGGUAGUUGUCCGCUUGAUGGCGUUUUAAAUUAGACUCAUGCAUAAACAUGCAAACUGUGACACGAGUUUAGUUAUUCUAUGCAAAUAAACUUUUUUCUACAAAA